AAAGGCAGGCUUUGAUUCUCAAGCACCAUGUACCAAAGCUAAACUUCCAUUAUUAUUUCCAAUAUCCCUCUCUAUUACUUACUACUAAACCAUACUGCACACUUCAAAUAAACAAAGGCAAAAGUUUAAGGUAUAGUUUCUUCAUAAAGUUGGCUCAAUGGGAAGGUCACCUUGUUGUGAGAAAGCUCAUACAAACAAAGGAGCAUGGACUAAAGAAGAAGAUGAAAGACUUAUUUCUUACAUUAGAGCUCAUGGUGAAGGUUGUUGGAGAUCUCUUCCUAAAGCUGCUGGACUUCUCCGAUGUGGCAAAAGUUGUCGUCUCCGAUGGAUUAAUUACUUGAGACCUGAUCUUAAACGUGGUAACUUUACUGAAGAAGAAGAUGAACUUAUUAUCAAACUCCAUAGCCUCCUUGGAAACAAGUGGUCGCUUAUAGCUGGAAGAUUACCAGGAAGAACAGAUAACGAGAUAAAGAAUUAUUGGAACACACAUAUAAGAAGGAAGCUUUUGAGUCGAGGUAUUGAUCCAACGACACAUCGGCCUAUCAACGAGCCUACUAGUACACAAAAAGUGACGACCAUUUCUUUUGCUGCUGAUGAUCAUCAAGAUCAGAAGAUUAAUAUCAAAGCCGAAUUUGUUGAAGUGAGCAAAGAAGAUAAUGAAAUUCAAGAAAAGUGUCUUCCUGACUUGAAUCUUGAACUCAAAAUUAGUCCUCCUCAUCAUCAUCAUCAUCAAGAAAACCAACAACUGGAUCAUCAUCAAAGAUCAAACUCUUUAUGUUUUACAUGUAGUUUGGGGAUACAAAACAGUAAAGAUUGCAGUUGCAGUAAAACUAAUGGAAAUGGAUGCAGCAAUAAUAUUGUAAGCAUGAACAUUGUAUCAGGUUACGACUUUUUAGGGUUGAAGACUAAUGGUCUUUUGGACUAUAGAACUUUGGAAACAAAGUGAUCAGUUCUGGAUUAUCAUCUUAUUUGCUGUAUAUGUAGAAAAAAAGUAUAAGAAUGUCAAGAGAAGCGAAAGAGAGAGGUCUAUAUAAGUUGAGAAUAUUAUUCUUCUAGCUAGUUUCUCUUGGUUGUAAAAUUCACACUAUAUUUACAUUUAGUUCAAAGUAGUAAAAUUAGAGUACGUACCUAUGUUCUAUGAAUAUUAGAUGGACGAGUACUUUCCUUGCUUA